UGUUUUUUUGGGUGGAUUAUUGACUAUAACACAACGCAUGAUAUUCCACUAUUUUUACUCUUGGUUCGAGUUAGUAAAUACGCGUAAAACAAAGUGGUAGUAUUGGAAUCCACGAUAUACGUAACCGAAGCUUGAUAUAUAGUUAUUUAAAAUUAAUAUACAGGAAGAAAAAAACUACAUAUGGUUUUGGGAGAGUUCAUGUUUGUCAAAGAGUUAGAUGUGCAUGUAUUUAUUAAAAAUAAUAAUAUGAAAACUAUGUGUGGAUGCAAGUUGUGAAAAGUGGAGAAGCCAUUUAUAAGAGUGUGUUCUUGGUGAUGAUAUGAAAAAGAGGUUAUGAAAAUUUUGAUGAUCUAUUUUCCGUACUGGUUGUGAAGAAGUUGUUAACUUUUUGAGUGUCGAAGGAAUCCAUCCAUUAGGAGGUGGUUAAUUAAUUGGGCUCGCAAUUAAGAAGAUGGAAGAAAAGCUACCUCCUGGGUUCAGGUUCCAUCCUACAGAUGAAGAACUCAUAACAUAUUAUUUAUUAAGGAAAGUGUCUGAUGUUAGCUUCACAUCCAAGGUUGUCGCAGUUGUUGAUCUCAAUAAAUCUGAACCUUGGGACCUCCCAGGUAAGGCUUCGAUGGGGGAGAAGGAAUGGUAUUUCUUCAGCCUGAAAGAUCGGAAAUAUCCAACGGGGCUUCGAACGAACCGAGCCACAGAAUCAGGGUAUUGGAAAACCACCGGAAAAGAUAAGGAGAUAUUUGGUGGUGGAGUUCUGAUAGGGAUGAAGAAAACUCUGGUGUUUUACAUGGGUAGAGCUCCAAGGGGUGAGAAAAGUAACUGGGUUAUGCAUGAAUAUAGACUUCAAAACAAGCAACCCUAUAGAUCUUCUAAGGAAGAAUGGGUGAUUUGCAGAGUCUUCCAGAAGAGCUCAGCACCAAAGAAACCACAGCAGACAUCAUCUUCUCAACCAUCUGAAGAUUCAAUGGUGAAUGAAUUUGGUGAUGCAGACCUACCAAAUCUGAAUAGCAUUGCAAAUUCAUCAAGUGUUGCAGCACAAAUUUACAACAGUGGUGAUCCCAGCAAUGUGAGCACAAACAUGAACUUGGCCAUGAAUUGGCCUUCUGCAACUGAGCUUCCAUCUCUUCCAUGGCCUUCUGGGUUGUUGCUGAAUCCAAACCUUUCUGUGAAUUCAUUGCUUCUCAGGGCAUUGCAGCUUAGGAAUAGGAAUUCUUAUCAACAGAGAGAAGCUGCAACCAGUGAUCACUUUGCAACCUACGUUCCUCAAACAUUUCCUCACAAUAAUAUUGGAACUCAUAAUGAUAAUCUCACUCCAAAUCUCAGUGUCUCAGCUUCUUCCACAGCUUUAGAACUGCAGGAGCAACCAUUCAAUAUGGACUCCAUUUGGUGAAGUGCCUGUGUAAAUCAUGUAAACCUAGCUUGUGAAUUAUUGUGCUGUAGAUGAAAGUGGUUCCAUUUCUAAGUUCAAUAAUGGAACCACUUUCUUAAACGUUGUUAAUCCAGACUCAACUCUUGAUGUUAUGCAUUGUUGUAAUCUCUCAAAGUUUAUUGGCCUUCUCAGUGGUGAAGGAAAAAAAUGUUAGGAAUCCUUGCAGAACAGUUGCAUCCAAGACUGUACUAUAUAGUUUCCACUAAUAUCCAA